CGAUUGACUAAUCAGAAAGCGACAAUCCCCCCUCCGCCAUUUUGUAAGGAUAUAAGAAAUACUAGCAGGUCUACCUCCCGUCUACGACAACCUGUAGUUUUGUGUAGUGCCAUGGACGGCCGGUUAGAGACUGAUCUGUAUCCUCUGGGAUCCAGUUACGUCACUGAAAUAGACAGUGUCCAUGAUAUAACAGUCGGCACAAAGAGGGGAUCUGACGAACUCUUUUCCUCCUGCAUAUCUAACGGACCUUAUAUAAUGAGCUCUGGAGCAGCAAAUGGUAAUGACAGCAAGAAGUUCAAAGGGGACAUCAGGAGCCCUGGCAUUCCUUCACGAGUCAUUCACGUGCGCAAACUGCCAAAUGACAUAAAUGAAGCAGAAGUCAUUUCUUUGGGGCUUCCCUUUGGCAAAGUGACUAACCUUCUGAUGCUGAAAGGAAAGAACCAGGCCUUCCUGGAGAUGAACACUGAGGAGUCCGCACAGACCAUGGUCAGCUACUACUCCUCUGUCACCCCCGUCAUCCGCAACCAUCCGAUCUUCAUGCAGUAUUCCAAUCACAAGGAGCUGAAGACUGACAACUCACCCAACCAAGUUAGAGCACAGGCAGCACUGCAGGCGGUGAAUGCGGUCCAGACAGGAGGCAUGUCUUUGAGCGCUGUUGAUGGAUCAGGCAUGGGGAGCCAAAGCCCUGUGCUGAGAGUAAUCGUUGAAAACCUCUUCUACCCAGUUACUCUUGAUGUCCUUCACCAGAUCUUCUCAAAGUUUGGCACAGUUUUGAAGAUCAUAACCUUUACCAAAAACAACCAGUUCCAAGCACUGGUCCAGUACUCAGACGGAAUGACUGCACAGCAUGCAAAGCUGUCUUUGGAUGGACAGAACAUCUACAAUGCCUGCUGUACCCUUCGCAUCAGUUUUUCUAAGCUCACCAGCCUGAAUGUUAAGUACAACAAUGAUAAGAGCAGAGACUACACUCGUCCUGACCUACCUACAGGAGACAGUCAGCCCUCCCUUGAUGCACAGACGAUGGCUGCAGCUGCCUUGUCUGCUCCUGGUAUCAUCUCUGCAUCACCAUAUGCUGGGGCUCAUGGUUUCCCACCAACAUUUACCAUUCAGCAGGCAGCAGGUCUGUCUCUGCAGGGCAUGCCUGCCGGGGCUCUUGCAUCACUUGGUAUUCCCGGUGCUGCGGCAGCCGCCGCCGCUGCUGCUGGACGCCUGAGUUUUUCUGGUCUCACUGGAGGAGGAAACAGUGUCCUGCUAGUCAGCAACCUUAACCCUGAGAGCGUUACGCCCCAAUGCCUCUUUAUUCUUUUCGGUGUGUAUGGUGACGUCAUGAGAGUGAAGAUCCUGUUCAACAAGAAGGAGAAUGCAUUGGUGCAGAUGUCUGAUGGAACCCAAGCCCAGCUAGCCAUGAGCCAUUUGAACGGGCAGAAACUGUAUGGUAAGGCUUUGCGGGUCACUCUUUCCAAACACACCACGGUACAGCUGCCACGUGAAGGCCAUGAGGAUCAGGGGCUCACCAAGGACUACAGCAACUCUCCUCUUCACCGCUUCAAAAAGCCAGGCUCCAAGAACUACUCCAACAUCUUCCCUCCUUCCUCUACUCUCCAUCUCUCCAACAUACCUCCUUCUGUCACGGAGGAUGAUCUCAGAGGCUUGUUUCUGAGUUCAGGAGCUGUGGUUAAGGCCUUCAAGUUUUUCCAGAAAGACCGUAAAAUGGCUCUCAUCCAAUUGGGCUCUGUGGAGGAAGCGAUCGAGUCUCUGAUCAAGUUUCACAAUCAUGACCUGGGAGAGAACCAUCACCUCAGAGUGUCCUUCUCCAAGUCCACCAUCUGAUGGAGGCUGUUUUUGUUUUAAAGAGGUUGAAAGACUGUCACUUUAGACCAAACUUUAAGCCUUCCACAAUUUAUAUCACUGUGGGCAAAUGUGUUCCACAACACACACUUCAUCAUUCCUUUAUUAUAUCUAUAUUCACAUAUGUAUGUGUAUUUGUAAUUCCACUUUAAACCAGUAGACCAGAGAAACUCUUCAACCCAAUGUGAUUUGGGUUUUAAUAGUACGUUUUUCUCAGACGGUUUGUUUCAUGAUUUAGCUCAUUGUUGGCACACAUCGGUUUUGGAUCAUAGAUGCUGCAUAGUUUACACUUGUGCCUCUGCGGAAACCCGCACACCUUUCAGGUUGCACACGCAAAGCCUUGUUUCAUUUGUUGAACUUGUAAUUAACCUUUUCAAACCUACUCCCUGUUUACCUUUCCCAAAAAAAAAAAAAAAAAAAAAAAAAAGUUUGUGCCUUUACAUGGUGCUUAAAGUAUAUCUUCUUAAUGGCCUUUAGUAACAUUUUGAUGUUUUUGGCUUCUUUGCAAGAACCAUUAACCUCAAACAUUAAAAAAAAAAAAACAAGUGGUCCCCGUUUAAAUUUGACUGGCGAGAAUGUAAUGUUUUCCUGUAAAAGGCAGCAGUUACUUCAGUUUAUUAACAGGCUUUGUUUUUGUAUCUGACUGUCACAGCUUAUUUUGCAUAUAGUUAUUCUAAAUGUGGAUCUGUUCCUUAUGUACCGUAUGUAAUCUAUAGUUUCAUUCCUUUGUUUUUUUUUUUUUGUUUGUUUUUUAUUUUAGUUGCAGACAUAUUUCUAUACUGUAACUCAGAUUUGGCAAUUGGCCCACUGUGUUCUCUGUGUCUAGACUGUUCUCAGUUUAGUUUGGGGGGGCGGGACACUUUAUAAUUUCCCCAUUUUUACCCCAUUUCCUAUAUUAUGAAACUGCUUGGAACCAAACCAGAGUUCACUGAUUUUUACAUAAUUUGAUUACACUGCAUGUGGCAAAAUGUCAAAUUAGUUUUGCUGUUUUCUAGUUCAAAAUUGUUUUAAUCAAAGUGUAAAUUUGGACCUUCAAAAACUUAAGUUUCUUUUGGGUCUCUUACUGUCACUUGCCUUUUAUGUUCAAGAAAAUUUAGCAUUACAGAGUCUUAAAGUCCUACGUGACGUUUGUGUGAACCGAGACCCCUGUGACAAGACUUCGGACUGUUUUUGGCACUUCUUUGUGUUGGGAGACGUUAAGGCCACAGUCUUUCCGAUACAUCCUUUUCACGUCGUUUGUGGCAUAAGUCUUGAUGCUCAGACAUUCCCUUUUACCUUUUGAGCUUGUAUAUGUACUAUGGGGGAAAUCUUUCCAUUUUCAGUUUUUUUUUUUUUUUUAGCCUUUGCAAUUUAGCAAAAUACUUUUUGGGUUGUUUUUUUUUUUUUUGUUUUUUUUGUUUUUUUCUUCCUGAAGAGUAGCAUGAUGGACCAAAGCAUCUUCCCUGUACUGCCAGCCAGUUUUUGAUAUUUCUUAUUGAAGUGUAUCUUACUGUGCAGCAAUAUUCUGUAUUAUCGACAGCUUUGAUUUCAGUGGGCAGAGGCAAAAAGUUUAGAGGCCUUAUCUUUAUAUUAUUGCCUUUUGUUUACAAGAAGCGACGCAAAAUCUAUUAAUAUUACAAAUUAGACAAGAUAUUGUAGGCUUAUUUGGCCUAAAACAUGGAUCAAAUCAUUAUUUCUGUUGUCAGAGAACAGAACCAAACAAAAGUCUUAAAUCCUUUCUAUUGCGUUAUAUAGUUAUACUUGUUUUUCCCACUAUGGAUGUAAUGUUGAGUGGGUGAGGGCUACUGUGUAUAUAUAUAUUUUUUUUGUUAUGUACAAGUAAUUGAUAAAUCAGCAUCAUUUGUGUCAAACAUGUAUAUUUUGAUAAGAUAAUAGCAGACAUUCAGCUCAUUGUAGAGCCUUCCUUUUUUACACGAUAUUAAAGAGAUUCCAACACGUGUCUGAACAUGUAAUUGCCCUCUUGAAAGCAUAUCCUUCUUUUGAUAUAGAUGCUCAUACUUUUCUGUCUUCAAUAAAUCUUUGUUUCUUGCUUUCA